CUUUUCUUGUAGCUGUCCUCUCUUCUCUUUCUUCCGCACACUUGUUCGGUGAGGGGCCAACUUUGGCUUGGCGGUGACCAUGGAGGGGAUGAGGGGGUUGCCAUCGUGGUGCUGGUGCGUCCUCUUGUGCCUGGCCGCCGGUUGGAUGGCGGCGGAGGCGGCUCCGUUGCCGCAGUACUACAACGCCAUAUUCAGCUUCGGCGACUCCUUCUCCGACACGGGCAACUUCGUCAUCAUCAACUCCGGCAAGCUGCCCAACAUGCCCAAGUUCCCGCCGCCCUACGCCCGCUGCUCCAACGGCCGUCUCGUCAUCGACUUCCUGGCCGAGGCGUUGGGAGUGCCGCUGCUGCCGCCGUCGGCGAACAAGGGCACCAACUUCAGCCAGGGCGCCAACUUUGCGGUGAUGGGCGCCACCGCGCUGGACCUCAAGUACUUCAGGGACAACAACGUGUGGAGCAUCCCGCCCUUCAACACUUCCAUGAACUGCCAGCUCGAGUGGUUCCAGGAGGUUAAGGAGACCGUCUGCUUAUCCCCUCAAGAGUGCAAGGAAUUUUUCGGGAAAGCGCUUUUCGUGUUCGGCGAGUUGGGCGGCAACGACUACAGUUUCGCAUGGAAGGCGGAGUGGAGCCUGGACAAGGUGAAGACCCAGAUGGUGCCCAAGGUGGUGGAGUCCAUCAUCGGCGGCAUCGAGGCUCUGCUCGACGAGGGCGCGCGGCAUGUGCUUGUGCCGGGCAACCUCCCCGCCGGGUGCAUCCCCAUCACGCUCACCAUGUACCCGUCCGAGGACCGUAGCGACUAUGACCCCCGCACCGGCUGCCUCAAGAAGUUCAACGGCGUCGCCCUCUACCACAACGCCGUGCUCCGCAUCGCCCUCGACCAGCUCCAGCGCCGCCGCCCGGAUUCCCGCAUCAUCUACGCCGACUACUACACCCCCUACAUCCAGUUCGCACGCACACCUCAUCUAUACGGAUACAAGAGGGGAGCCCUGAGGGCGUGCUGCGGCGGCGGUGGCCCAUACAACUACAACAUGAGCUCGUCGUGCGGGCUGCCUGGCGCCACGGUGUGCGACGACCCAGACGCACACGUCAGCUGGGACGGCAUCCACCUCACCGAGGCGCCCUACCGCUUCAUCGCCAACACCUGGCUCAAGGGCCCCUACGCGCACCCACCCCUCGCGAGUGUCGUCCGCGACGAUAUGGUCUAUUAACGGAAAAUCCAAUUUGGCUCCGAGGAGCACAUACUCCCGCGCGUGAUUUUUUUUUCGAAUGUCAAAAAAGUCCAAAAAAAAAGAGAUGAGUUUAUGGUCACAUUAAAUUCUACUUGUAACUUUUUUAGGUGGAAAGCUUUAGCAAUUUAACCUUUGCAGAAAAGACAAGGUGAACACGAAGUGUUACCUUCAAAUGGCACAUUUAAUUUUGUUAUUUUUUUCACGUACGAGGCAAUACUAUACCAUUUUGCAUGCAAA